AUGUUCACUUAUAGUUACUUUUACUAUUACUACAAAUUUAGAGCUAAUUUAUCCGAGUUACAAAAGGGAGUUGUUAUCCAAGAGGCAUCAGUAUUAACCAAAUAUGGUAUAAUGGGAGACUACCAUCGAAGUACGCACAAUCCGCUAGUACCAACUGGAGGACUUUGUCGAACACUUCGUUGGCGCGAUUCUGGCCCACAAUUGAAGCGAUCAUUUCACGGCCCACGUGAAGUUCGCAAUCCUCACUCUCUUGAAGGCUCUUUAAUGUAA